GGCUCAGCUUUCUGUUCCUCCCACAUAAGAUUUUCUCUCUAUUUCUUUCUCUCUUUUUCCCACUGUAUCUUCCUUUUAUUCUGUGGAUUUAUCUGUGUUGUAACGAAAAGUUUGCAAAUUUCCUCUUAUGGGUCUGGUAUUUAAUCAGAGCUGAAUAGAAGAAGCAGAGCAAGUUAUUGCCUUGCCCUCAGAAUCCACAUUACUAUCCGCUGUUGUUUGAGGACUUCUUCUCUAACAACAUGUCUCAAACCAACUGGGAAGCUGAUAAAAUGUUAGAUGUGUAUAUCCACGAUUAUUUAGUAAAGAGGGAUUUAAAAGCUUCUGCUCAAGCUUUCCAAGCGGAAGGAAAAGUAUCCACGGAUCCUGUUGCUAUUGAUGCACCGGGAGGCUUUCUAUUUGAAUGGUGGUCGGUUUUCUGGGAUAUUUUUAUUGCUAGAACCAAUGAGAAGCAUUCAGAAGUUGCUGCAUCUUACAUUGAGACGCAGUUGAUUAAAGCAAGGGAACAGCAGCAGCAGCAGCAGCAGCAACAACAACCCCAGCAACCGCAACAACCACCACACCAACAACAGCAACAGCAGCAGCAGCAGCACAUUCAGAUGCAACAGAUGUUGUUGCAGCGGCACGCCCAGCAGCAACAACAGCAGCAGCAGCAGCAGCAGCAACAGCAGCAACAACAGCAGCAGCAGCCACAACAGCAGCAGCAACAGCAGCCGCUCCCCCAACAACAGCGAAGAGAUGGGGCCCAUCUUCUAAAUGGCACUACAAAUGGGCUUGUUGGAAACGAUCCUCUCAUGCGACAAAAUCCCGGAACUGCAAAUGCUCUGGCCACAAAGAUGUAUGAGGAGCGAUUGAAACUGCCCCCUCAGAGGGAUCCUUUGGAUGAAGCAGCUAUGAAGCAAAGAUUUGGGGAGAAUGUUGGCCAGCUUUUGGAUCCAAGUCAUGCCUCAAUAUUGAAGUCAGCUGCUGCAACUGGCCAACCGUCAGGGCAAGUGUUGCACGGUGCAGCAGGAGGGAUGUCUCCUCAAGUUCAAGCACGAAGUCAACAAUUGCCGGGGUCCACGCCGGAUAUAAAGCCUGAGAUUAAUCCGGUGUUGAAUCCACGAGCUGCAGGUGCUGAAGGAUCAUUAAUAGGAAUAUCUGGGUCUAAUCAAGGAGGAAAUAAUUUGACUCUAAAAGGAUGGCCGCUUACUGGUCUGGAGCAACUUCGCUCUGGGAUUCUUCAGCAACAAAAACCCUUUAUGCAGGCUCACCAACCCUUUCACCAGCUUCAAAUGUUGACACCACAACACCAGCAGCAACUUAUGCUUGCACAGCAAAAUCUGUCCUCAUCAUCUGCUAGUGAUGAUAGAAGACUUAGAAUGCUUUUGAAUAACCGAGGCAUAGGCCUUGUAAAGGAUGGCGUUUCCAACUCUGUUGGUGACGUGGUUCCUAAUGUUGGGUCACCUCUUCAAGCCGGUGGUCCUGUUUUGCCUCGUGGCGAUACGGAUAUGUUGAUUAAGUUAAAAAUGGCUCAACUACAACAGCAGCAACAGCAACAGCAACAGCAACAGCAACAGCAGCAGCAACAACAGCAGCAGGGCAAUACCCCGCAGCAGCAACAGCAGCUUCAGCAGCAUGCGCUUUCGAAUCAGCAGUCACAAAGUUCAAAUCACAAUCCUCAUCAGCAAGAUAAAAUGGGGGGUGCUGGCAGUGUCACCAUGGAUGGUAGCAUGUCAAACUCCUUUCGAGGAAAUGAUCAGGGUUCAAAAAACCAGACUACCAGAAAGAGAAAGCAGCCAGUGUCAUCUUCUGGCCCUGCCAAUAGCUCAGGAACUGCAAAUACAGCUGGACCUUCUCCAAGUUCGGCUCCCUCAACACCCUCAACCCACACACCCGGAGAUGUCAUCUCAAUGCCUGCCUUGACCCAUAGUGGUAGCUCUUCAAAGCCUUUAAUGAUGUUUGGCGCUGAUGGUACUGGUACUCUUACAUCACCAUCAAAUCAGUUGUGGGAUGAUAAAGAUCUUGAAUUGCAGGCUGAUAUGGAUCGAUUUGUAGAAGAUGGUUCUCUUGAAGAUAAUGUGGAGUCUUUUUUAUCCCAUGAUGAUACGGACCCCAGAGAUGCUGUGGGUCGUUGUAUGGAUGUCAGCAAAGGGUUCACAUUCACGGAAGUAAAUUCGGUUAGAGCAAGCACAAGCAAAGUUAUUUGUUGUCACUUCUCUUCUGAUGGAAAACUGCUUGCUAGUGGGGGACAUGAUAAAAAGGCUGUGUUAUGGUACACGGAUACGUUAAAGCCAAAAUCUACACUUGAAGAACAUUCAUCUUUAAUAACUGAUGUUCGUUUCAGUCCAAGCAUGUCUCGUCUUGCCACAUCUUCAUUUGACAAAACUGUCCGGGUUUGGGAUGCUGACAAUCCUGGUUAUUCACUUCGUACCUUUAUGGGGCAUUCUGCCACUGUCAUGUCAUUAGACUUCCACCCGAAUAAAGAUGAUCUCAUUUGCUCUUGUGAUGGGGAUGGUGAGAUACGGUACUGGAGCAUUAACAACGGCAGUUGUGCAAGAGUGUUCAAGGGCGGUACGGCACAAAUGAGAUUCCAACCCCGUCUUGGGAGGUAUCUUGCUGCAGCUGCGGAGAACAUUGUAUCUAUACUGGAUGUGGAGACACAGGCUUGUCGGCAUUCAUUACAGGGACACACUAAGCCGGUACAUUCCGUGUGCUGGGAUCCUUCUGGUGAGUUCCUUGCAUCUGUGAGUGAGGACUCCGUGAGAGUCUGGACACUUGGAUCAGGAAGUGAAGGUGAAUGCGUUCAUGAGUUGAGCUGUAGUGGCAAUAAAUUCCACUCCUGCGUUUUCCAUCCUACAUAUCCUUCGCUCUUAGUUGUUGGCUGUUACCAGUCUUUGGAGCUAUGGAACAUGAGCGAGAACAAGACGAUGACGUUAUCGGCUCACGAGGGACUUAUCGCCGCUUUGGCAGUGUCGCCUCUUACAGGAUUGGUCGCUUCAGCUAGUCAUGACAAGUACGUCAAGCUCUGGAAGUGAAACGGUUCCGUCUCUUAGUUUAACCAUACUCGGAAGAAAUACAGGAUUAGGUUCGGAUGUUGUAGUAGUUUCCAUGUUUGCUUUGGUUGCUCGAUCAGUUCGCUCCUCCUCCCCCGAACUUGACCAUGUAAUAUUUUUAUUGUUCUUGUUGUUGUAUUUGUAUGUCUCUUUCCUUUUUUUUUUUGUAUUCUAAUCCUACGAUCUGUUUUUUUUAACUUGGAGAUCUGACCUGACUGUCUGUGACGCUUUGAACUUAUAUAGAAUUGGCGUCUUUUGUAAUGUGGGCUGUUCUAAUGUAGAAUUUCUGAUUUAUU